CAAUACAUUGUAAGAGUGUUUGUGCUCUUCUAUAGGACCAACUCUUGUGAGCGCUUCUCCUAUUCAAUAGUCGACACACACUCUCCCUAUCAGUGCUAUUAGUGUUGAGCAGUGUAUGGAGUGAACUGCAACUGGAAUAUCAUAUUUGGUGCUCAACUCACUCUUCAAUCAAUUCGUACAAACUUUUUAUUUCUGAAGGAUUGCAAGUGUUUUGUGAGUGCAGUCAUCAGAAUUGAGUUAUUUUGCAUAAAGUGCUUCAUCUGUAAGUUAUUUAGUUAUUAAAGGCCAACAAUCGCUGUUGUGUACACUCUCGGGCACCGGAAUAAUAAUUAUAUUACAUCUAAAAGUGAUUAAAAACUCACCAAUAUAUUAUUAUUUUUAACGAUUCAAGUGAUUCGGGGUUUUAAGUGAAUUGUUUCGGAUUUGAUGACCAUAUUUGCCGACCGUUUAAGUGAAGUGUUAAUAAUAUAGUAGUGAAUCGCACGGAAUAUAAGUCCCAAAUGGAGCAAAGGUACGAUUACGGCUCAAUGGAGAGCCCAUACGGAGACCAACUCCAGAGACAAAUGCAAACCCUAACGCACGGGUCGCACAUGAACCAUGGUCAAUCCAUGCACCCGUACCACACCAAUCAUGUCAUGUCCAAUCAUGUCAUGGGAUCCGUCCCAGACGUCCACAAACGCGACAAAGACGCUAUUUAUGGUCAUCCACUGUUCCCACUGUUGGCACUGAUCUUCGAGAAGUGUGAGUUGGCCACCUGUACGCCCAGAGAGCCCGGGAUCGCCGGCGGAGACGUCUGUUCCUCCGAGUCCUUCAAUGAAGACAUCGCCGUCUUUGCUAAACAGAUUAGACAAGAAAAGCCAUAUUAUGUACCAAACCCUGAAUUAGAUAGUCUUAUGGUUCAAGCAAUUCAAGUGUUGAGGUUUCACUUAUUAGAGUUAGAAAAGGUCCAUGAGUUGUGCGACAAUUUCUGUCAGCGUUACAUAAGUUGUCUGAAGGGAAAAAUGCCCAUUGAUUUGGUCAUCGAUGAAAGGGAUACUAAGCCGGGAGAUCUGGGAGAUAAUAAUAACAGUUCCAGUAAUGGAAGCGGAGGUCCCGGACAAGGAAUGGGAGGCGCCAGCAAUGGUGGCCGCGGAGGCAGUGCAGACCCCGGCCACCAUUCGGACAGUGCGUCCACUCCUGACCAUCAGCGCCCACCCUCUCAGUCACUCAACUCGUAUGGAGGCCACGGUGUUCACGACGAUGUCAGAUCACCAGCCGGUUCUACUGGCACUCCCGGCCCACUCUCACAACAGCCCAGUUCACAGCAAAGCACUGACAACAACAGCGAAGCCGGAUCUUUUAUGGGCGACGCGAGCAUAGGGUCGGGCGAUGGCACCGGUGAAGACGAUGACGACGACAGGAGCAAAAAGAGACAGAAGAAGAGGGGAAUAUUCCCGAAAGUUGCCACCAAUAUCAUGAGGGCCUGGCUUUUCCAGCACUUGACACAUCCCUAUCCAUCUGAAGAUCAAAAGAAACAGUUGGCUCAGGACACGGGGCUCACAAUACUUCAAGUUAAUAAUUGGUUUAUAAACGCCAGAAGACGUAUUGUUCAGCCAAUGAUUGACCAGUCAAACAGAGCAGUUGUGGACUCAAAAACUGAGUCCAAAACUUUGUCACAAAAGGAGAGACUUGUAGUGAAAGAGCGAGAGAGUGAAGAGAAGCCCAUUUGGGUGUUUGGCAAUCACUCGAUGCGAUUCCAGUGCCAAAGAAUUGAGUUUUGCUGGCCGUGCGUAUCGCAAAUUGACAGCACAUAUCUGGGCGGUUCGAUCGGUAGUGCCGGCGGAGCGUACAGUCCCGAUGGAAGUAUGGGUUAUAUGAUGGAUGGCAGCCAACAGUUCAGGCCACCAGGUAUUUGCAUAACUCUUAUAAUCCCUUAUAAAUAAGCAUUACAUGAAUGGAGUGAGAAU